GGGAUAUACAACAAAUGCGGAGUACAUAUACAACCAAAAAAAAACAAUGGCAGACGUUCGAUUGACGGCACUCAACGACUUCACCACGACCAUCCACCAGUCUGUCCCACCGGACCUGAACCCGGACAAGGUGGUCCUCCCGGUUGGAUUCACCGUCUGCGUCAUGGGGGCCAGCCGAGGGAUAGGAGAGCACAUCGCGUACGCUUACGCCAGGGCCGGGGCGUCCAGGAUCGUGAUAUCGUCUCGCUCCGAGAGGGAUCUCGAGACGGUGGCGCGAAAAAUUUCGGAACUGAAUAGGGAUGUCCAAGUCGACGUCGUCGAGUGUGACGUGUCCAAAUCAGAGUCCGUCGCCGCCCUCGCAGAGUACGUGAGGACUCGGUGCGGGCGGAGGCUCGACGUUCUCGUGUUCAACGCCGGUUACGCCGGACCGGUGACGACCAGGAUGGAUCGGGGCGAACCGGAAUGGGUACGACGUGCCUUCGAGGUCAACGCCAUGGGGACUUACCUCGCCGCUCACCACCUUGUGCCGAUACUACUGGAGUCAUCGUCGUCGCCGCCGCCAAACAAAGCACCAAAAGGGUUCAUCGCGGUGGGGUCUUUUGCCGGUUGUAUCAGACGUGGUCCGAUCGCCAACACGGGGUACACGGUCAGCAAGAUGGCUCAGAUCCGUCUGGUCGAGUACCUGGACGAACAGUUUGGUCGAGACGGACUGGUCAGUCUGGUGCUGCACCCAGGGGCGGUGGCGACCAAGAUGGCCGAGGGGAACACGCCAGAAGAGUUCUUACCAUACCUUACGGAUGAUGUAGACCUGUGCGGUGCAGUCUGUGUAUGGUUGAGUAAACAACUCAAAAAUGUUGACUGGUUGAGUGGUCGAUUGAUCAGUGCGACUUGGGACAUGGUGGAAUUGAUGUCCAAAGAGGAUCAAAUCCGUGAAAGGGAUCUGUUGAAAUUUGUCAUGUUGACCGAAUGAGUGAUGAUGCGAGACGAGAGACGAGGCUGUGGUCCCCCUGAUGUUUUUUCAAUUGGGAUGCGAUUGUACUGUAAGAGUCGUACUUCCCGUACCGAGAACCGUGUGUAUUACCGUGGUGGCAAAAGUCACACCACCAGUGACAAGUCUGAGUACAUCACCGGAGAGUUUCGCCGGCGCGCAUGAGACUCGAGAGGCAAGAAAUGGGAAACUGAUUGACAUAAUACAUACUGUCCCG